UCGCCGCGUUGUUCUUGCCGCCAGCCAAACGCUUCGAUUCCGUGAUCCGUUUGUGCAUUGCCUAUCUGCCUAUCGAUACGUGUGUCCACUAUACUGCUAGUUGCCUGUAGCUGUGUCUGUGUGUGUGUGUGUGUGUGUGUGUGCAGGAUGCGCUUCUAAUUGGACAGACAAAAGUCGUUUAGCCCAGGCAUUUAAAUUGAGAAUUUAUGGAAAUGUUGCGCCUGCUUUGGCUUUUAUGCGCUGCAUUUGGCCAACUUGGUGAUCCCGUCCUUGCCGAAAUCGAAUAUAAUACCAUUAAUGCGGAUGGAUCGUUUCAAUUUCGACAUGCAAAUGAUGACAUUGGCGGCUACUAUCAUAGCGCCUCCGGCACUCCAGACAACAUCGUGCGAGGUCGUUAUGGUUCGCGUAGUCCAGCGAGCGGCCAGAUCGAAGAGACCGUCUAUACGGCCGGACCACGUGGCUUUCGCGUGAAUGGGCCGAAAAUACAUCGCAAAAUGGAUUUGGCACAGUAUCCGGUGCGUCCACGCGGCAGUCCCGAUGAUCCGCUUGCGGAUCCCUACGAUGAUCCCUCCUACAGCUUCAGCUUCCGCACGCCGGAUCAGUCGCGCAGCGAGGAGAACGAUGCCACGAACAGAAUUAGAGGUCUCUACUCCUAUCUGGACGAUGUGGGCGAGCGGCACAGCGUGCGUUAUGCUGCCGGCGCUGGCACCGGCUUUGAGAUUUCCAAUGCCGUGCCCGACAAUCCCGCCAGCGUCGGAUACUCCGGACCGCUGUACAAGGCACAUCCCAAGACGCGUGGCAAGAUGUCCGUGCAACGCGGCCCCGCGGGCACCUACAAGCUGAUUGCCGCUGGCCCGGAUCAUCGACGCGCCGAGAGCCGCGGCUCUGAUGGCCUGGUGCGCGGCACUUACUCCUUCCUGGACGACAAGGGCGUACAGCGCACCGUCGAGUACAUAGCUGGCGCGGGCAUUGGCUACAGGGUCGUCAACAAUCGCGUCGGACCCGGCACUCACAUAAAUCCCUCCGUAGCGGAUUUUCGACUGAGCGAUACGGAUUUCCGACUGGCGAAUGACUUUGGUCGGGGCGCCGGCGGCAGCCUGGGUGCAGCCAGCGGCAGUGGCAGCACGGCCAACAGUGGGGCAGGCUCCGGGCCAAGUGGGGGCGGUGCAGGCAGGGGGCGUGCCGGUGAUACGGACUACCUAAAGACAGGAACUGGGGGCAGGGCUGGAGAAGAAGGCGAUAAGGAAAAAGUAGAUGUCAGGAAACAGGGCAAUGGUGUGGACAACGACGGAGAUGACGAUGACGGUGGACUAAUCAGCAGCUCGAGCAGCUCCUCAGCGGCUGAUCGUGGCAAAGAGGAUCGACGAGGCUAUGCGGCGGGCAGCUCGCAGCGUGGCAGCACCAGAUACGACGGGGCAGGAGGAGGAGGAGGAGGAGGAGGAGGUGGCAGCACGACUCGCCUCAAUGCCAGCGGCACACGGAAUCGCAACAGGUUUAGUGGCGGUGGCGUUGGCGGAGGCGGAGCCACUUCCGCGGAGGCGGGCGGCACAAGCGGCUCGGCCAGCGGUCCGGGCGACAAUUACAAUCUGAACGACGACGAUGUGGGCAGCUCGCUGCCGCCGCUGGUGACCGCCAAUCAUCGUAUAUUGGAAAUCGAUCGGGAUCGGGAAUGGGUGCAGCGCCAUCGCGACUCGACGGUCAUCAAGAAUGUGGGCAAAUGGUAUGUGGGCCUGCCGCCCGGACAGAGUGUGCGCGCCCAUGUCCAGAACAUUGACAUAUUGCCGCUGGGCGGUCGCAUCACGUUGUCGCCAUCGGAGGCGUUGCGCCAGGACGAGAUGGCCGAGCUGGCCGCCUCCAGGGAGCACUAGACAGCGAUCCCUGGCCCUAGCCCUAGCUAAUAGUUGUAGUUGUAGUUAAGUAAGCGCUCGCAACUAAGUUAACUGAAUCGGUGUCAACUGCGGUCGGGCCCGACUUCAGCCGUAACUGUAACCCUAUUUAUGCUAAAUACAUGUA